CGGCUCACGAUGAGACGUGGACCUGAGCCGAUGGAGCCCGGCGACACGUGUGAGCUCGUGUCCGCCUGGUGACGACAGGAAGAAGCCCAAAGGCGUGAAUGUGUGCAGGAACGCGCUAAAAACACACCGGAGGAACUUGUCAUGCUCUCUGUUCAGUCCCGAGGCUGAGAUCCCGCCUGACGCCAUCGCAAAAUGGAGGCCGAGAACGCCAGCGACGUCUUCUUCCCCGACUUUCCCCUCUUCAACGCCAGCAGCCUCAACGAGUCGCUGCUCAACCACACCAACGCCACGGCCUCGGAAGGGCCGUGGAGGCCCGGCGCGGCCGGCGUGUUGAUCCCGCUGAUCUACGUGAUCGUGUGCGCGAUCGGCCUGGGUGGAAACACGCUGGUCAUCCACAUCGUGCUGCAUUACUCCAAGAUGGAGUCGGUGACCAACAUCUACAUCCUUAACUUGGCCGUUGCCGACGAGCUCUUCAUGCUGGGCCUGCCCUUCCUGGCGGUGCAGAACACGCUGCAGUCGUGGCCGUUCGGGUCGUUCAUGUGCCGCCUGGUGAUGACGGUGGACUCCAUCAACCAGUUCACCAGCAUCUUCUGCCUCACCGUCAUGAGCGUGGACCGCUACCUGGCCAUCAACCACCCAAUACGUUCGGCCAAAUGGCGGCGCCCCCCGGUGGCCAAGGUGGUGAACGGCACCGUGUGGGCGCUGUCCUUCCUGGUGGUGUUACCAGUGGUGGUCUUCGCCAACGUCCAGAAGGCUGGCGGCACCUGCAACAUCGUGUGGCCGCAGCCGGCCAACAUAUGGCGUGCGGCUUUCAUCGUGUACACGUCCAGCGUGGGCUUCCUGUGCCCUCUCCUCAUUAUCUGCUUUUGCUACCUGCUCAUUGUCUUCAAGGUCCGCAGCUCGGCCAAGAAGGUGCAUGCCGCCUCCGCCAAGCGCAGGAAGUCAGAGAGAAAGGUUACGCGCAUGGUGGUCAUCGUGGUGGCCGUCUUCGUCUUCUGCUGGCUGCCGUUCUACGCGCUCAAUGUGGUCAACCUGCUGGUGGCGCUGCCCUCCGACUACCAGGGCCUCUACUACUUUGUGGUGGUGCUGGGCUACGCCAACAGCUGCGCCAACCCCUUCGUCUACGGCUUCCUGUCGGACAACUUCAAGCAGGGCUUCAGGAAAGCCCUCUGUCGCACCAGCAGGAAGGUGGAGGACCGUCGAGCGGAGCGGCGCCGGCCGGCGCAGGACGACGGCAGAAUGGUGCUGGUUCCCCGUGAGAGCCUGGGACGGGGUCUCCAUCGCCGAGACGACGAUGGCGAAGACCAGGAGGAUGCCUCGGAAAUGACCGAGGUUUACAGAGUCUGCCAAAAUGGAAACGCCGGUUGCCCUGACAGAGAAGAGACGGAAGCAGGACAACCGACUAGCGGGGCGUCGCUAAUGCCGCCUUCGCCCACAAACGCUACCACAAACGGGGGCUAGCAGCGGCGGCAAACGGAGAUUUGGUGCCUAGCGCUACUACGGAAAAAUAAAUUACUUGCACUCGUCAAUGACGUCAAAUAGCUAACGGCGCUAACAUCGCUACCACCGCAAAUCACGCUGGUAGAACCACAAACACAACGAUCCUUCAUUUAACAUGUAUUCACCUUAUUUAUGUUACUCCUAAAAAGCAGCAUACAGAAUAUACGUGUACAUAUUUUCAUAUAUAGAGAUGAAUCUCGGUUUCAGAACUUCAUUGGCUCUCAAACAG